AGAAAAGUUUUAAGUUUGAUUCUAAUAACCCUCCCCUCACACUACGAACAAUCGCAAAAUUCAGUGCUAGUAUUAUUAUUUUGUACUUCUAUUUAACAACCACCUCCUUUUCGAAACUUCCAUAGCUUGCUUUGCUUUCCCAACACCAGUUCAACAAAAUUCAAAAACUCAUCAAUCUCAACCCUAAUUUGUUCUUGUUUUAGGGCAACCUGAAUCAAUCAAAAGUAUCAACGAUCAAUCCAAUAAUACUAAUACUUUGUUCAAUUUAAAGAUUUCAAUUCUGAAAUUCUUACAUUUAUUAAAUUGAAUUAAUCGUGGGUUAUCGUUUAAUCGAUUAUUUUACAGAAAUAAAACAAAAAAGCAGACGAUGUUUUUCUCAGGGGAUCCAUCGACGAGAAAACGGGUUGAUUUGGGUGGCCGGAGCUCCAAAGAAAGAGAUAGGCAAAAACUUUUGGAGCAAACUCGAUUGGAGCGUAAUCGUAGAAUGUUUCAACGCCAGCAGAAUUCCGCUGCUCUCAAAAUUCAGAAAUGCUACAGAGCCUGGAAGGCUGUUGAAGUUGAACAAAAUAAGGUGCGGGAGCAGUUUUUCAUUACAUAUGGGAAGCACUGUCAGAAUGUAGACAGGCAUUGUUUUGGUCCAGAUUCAAGAUUUCUCUGUGAAUUACUGUUUUUCUUCAACCCAAGAAACAAGGAUGAUCUUCUUGCUGUUGGAGAAACAUGUCGACUACUUCAGCAUUUUGCUCAAGAUACUGAUGUCGUUACGUUGUUUGCUGGCACGACCUAUUUACCAAAUACUAGAUUGGUAGAUUUCAGGGUGAAGCGACUGACAUAUGCAUGCAUUCGGGCUGUUCAUGCUAAUAGCCAACUCAAGAAACAAUCUUCUGUGUCAGAAUCCAUGUCACAUAUUUUAUCAGUUUUACUGGAAUCUGUUGUUAUUUUGAUAGAUCCCAAACUUCCGUGGGCCUGCAAAAUUGUUGGCUAUCUUUUACAAAGAAGUACUUUGACCUUGCUUAGAGAGAUGACUCUUGCUGCCAAGGGAAGUUUGAAUACUCAGAAAAUCAUUCAAGUUUCUUCCUUGGAGCAAGUGCUCACCAUAAUCAUAUCACAUAUCGGUGAGAAGCCAUGUGUGUGCCAAAAUGCUGACCAGUGGUGGAGCUUUUUGUCACAAAUUCUUACGGUGCCAUUAUUGUGGCAGAUUUUUCCGCAUCUCAAAGAGGUCUUAGCUAGACAGCCGUUAUGCAGACAUUAUCUGCACCAGAUGUCGUUGCGUUUGCAUAUUCAUACCAACAUUCUGCCAGAAGAUGUCUCUGCUGAAUAUCCAAGUUUUGCUUGUCUACUUGGAAACAUAUUAGAAUCUGCUGCACUUGCUUUGUCAGAAGCUGACAAUUCAUUUGAGAUGGCUGUUGAUUUAGCUGCAGUGGCUACUUUUUUCCUGGAGAUGCUCCCUCCUUUGAAGUCAUUCAGCAAAGAAGCUAAAGAGAAUUCUGCUAUGGAGGAUGAUGAAACAAUGAACGUGGAAGAAUACAAUGGCAAAGCUUUAAGUGGGGAUUUGGAAGCCCAAAUUUCUGAUGUGAUAGACCCGCGAUUUCUUCUACAAUUGAUAAAUGUUUUGCUUGGAGAUAUUUCUUCAGUCACCUUCAUAAACAUUCCUGACGAUAGAGAAGUGAUAGCUGUUGGAGCCGCAUGUGCUUUUCUGCAUGUAACUUUUAACACUUUGCCGCUUGAACGCAUCAUGACGAUCCUAGCAUACAGGACUACACUUGUUCCUGUUCUUUGGAGUUUUAUGAAGCGAUGUCACGAGACUGACAAAUGGUCGAUGCUGGCAGAACGAUCUACUUACCUGCCAGAAGGUGUACCUGGUUGGCUGUUACCUCUGGCUGUUUUCUGCCCUAUAUAUAAGCAUAUGCUUAUGAUCGUUGAUAAUGAAGAGUUCUAUGAGAAGGAGAAACCACUGGCACUGAAGGAUAUCAGAUACUUGAUUAUUAUUUUACGGCAGGCUUUGUGGCAGCUUCUUUGGAUAAAUCCGGUGGCUCCAUCAAACAUUGCUAGACAUAAUGUUGAGAGCUUGGCAUAUAAGAAGCAGCCAUUAGAAUUUUUGCAGCAUAGGGUCAGCAUAGUUGUUGCUGAGCUUCUCACUCAGCUGCAAGAUUGGAACAAUAGAAGACAGUUUGCCCCCUCAAGUGAUUUCCAUGCAGAUGGAGUGAAUGAUUUUUUUAUCUCUCAGGCUAUGCAGGAAAAUACUAGGGCAUUUGAAAUAGUAAAGCAAGCUCCAUUCCUGGUGCCAUUUACAAGCCGAGUUAAAAUAUUUGCUUCACUGCUAGCUGCUGCAAGGAAAACAGAUGGUUCUCGUGCUCUUUUUACUAGGAAUCGACUAAAAAUACGGCGAGAUCACAUCUUGGAAGAUGCUUUUAAUCAGUUGAAUUCUUUGUCAGAUGAUGAUCUUAGAGAAAGGAUUCGUGUAACAUUCAUCAAUGAACUUGGGGUUGAGGAAGCUGGUGUAGAUGGUGGUGGGAUUUUCAAAGAUUUUAUGGAAAACGUCACUCGAGCAGCUUUUGAUAUACAGUAUGGGUUGUUUAAGGAGACUUCUGAUCACCUGCUCUACCCUAACCCUGGAUCGGGGUUAGUUCAUGAGCAGCAUCUGCAGUACUUCCGAUUCUUGGGAACUAUUUUGGCAAAGGCUAUGUUUGAAGGCAUUCUUGUGGACAUACCAUUUGCAACAUUCUUCUUGAGUAAACUGAAACAAAAGCAUAACUAUUUAAAUGACUUACCAUCACUGGAUCCAGAACUAUACCGCCACCUUAUCUUUUUGAAGCAUUAUCAAGGUGAUAUUUCAGGCUUGGAGUUAUACUUUGUAAUUGUAAAUAAUGAAUAUGGGGAGCAAACAGAAGAAGAAUUGAUUCCUGGAGGAAAAAACGUUCGUGUUACAAAUGAGAAUGUGAUUCCAUUUAUCCAUUUAAUAGCUAAUCAUCGAUUGAAUUAUCAGAUACGCCAGCAAAGUCUGCAUUUCUUGAGAGGCUUUCAGCAACUUAUUCGAAAGGAAUGGAUUGACAUGUUCAAUGAACAUGAACUUCAGAUUCUGAUAUCUGGUUCACUUGAUGGUUUGGAUGUUGACGACCUGCGUUCUAAUGCUCAAUAUUCAGGUGGAUACCAUGCAGAGCACUAUGUUAUUGAGAUGUUUUGGGAAGUCCUUAAGAACUUUUCUAGAGAAAACCAGAUGAAAUUUCUCAAAUUUGUCACUGGAUGCUCUCGCGGACCACUGCUUGGGUUUAAAUCCCUGGAGCCUCAGUUUUGUAUACAAAGAGCUGCUGGUAGUGCUUCAGAGGAAGCUCUCGAUCGUUUGCCUACAUCAGCCACUUGUAUGAACCUUCUGAAGCUUCCUCCCUAUAGAAGCAAGGAGCAAUUGGAAAGUAAAUUGCUCUAUGCUAUAAGCUCAGAGGCCGGAUUCGACUUGAGCUGAUAUGUCAGAGUAUUUAGUAUUACACAUGUCUCACUCCAUCCAGUGCUUGAAAAGAGCCGUGCUCUUCGGAUAUUCUCGAUCGACAUUCAGUUACUGCCGUAGAAGCUCGACAUGAUUCUUUGUUCACGUUCAUUGGGCACGGCCAAGCAAAAACCACAAAGGAGAGAGAUGCCCAGAUUGCAGAACACAUUACUGUAGAUAUAAAUAAUUUCAUUGCCAGCUUGCCGUUCCUUGUACAUGUAAACGUCUUAAACGUCAUAGUUUUUGAACACUGAGCUUUGGAAAGGUGUAUGUUUGUACAGAAGGUAGCCAUUCUCAUAUUGAGUAGUACCUGGUUUUGUAGAAUUUAACUUAUAAAUUGGCAUAUCUAAAGACGGGAGGUAGCUCCGAUAGAUAUUUGAAUUCUCAAAUAGUAAGGUCAGUAGCGAAAAACUAGACGGAGGAUUCUUGAGAACUUCAAUUAUAAUAAUGUUGGGAGUGUGUUAUCAUUUGUAAUACACUGUUCUCUAGUUCUGGGUAACGGUUGUUUAGGUUUUAGUAA